AUGAGCGCUCCAGUUGAUACCACUGACAUUUUCAAGAAGGAUAUCUUUGCAGGCAAGGUCGUACUCGUCUCUGGUGGUGGAUCGGGCAUUUGCCGCGGUUUGACAGAAGCUUUAUUACGCCAUGGUGCAAAGGCUGCCAUUGUUAGCAGAACCUUUUCAAAAUUGGAAAAGGCUGCCAAAGAGAUGAGUGCUGCUACUGGUGGUCCUGUUUUGCCUGUUGCAGCUGAUGUCCGCAAACCUGAACAAGUUGAAGCUGCUGUUGCCAAAACAGUCGAAACGUAUGGUCGCAUUGACUUUUUGAUCAAUGGUGCUGCCGGCAACUUUUUAGCCCCCUUUGAAGGCCUUUCCUACAAUGCCUUCCGUACCGUAAUCGAAAUUGAUACCCUUGGCACUUUUAACUUUACCAAGGCCGCUCUCCCUCAUCUCAAAGCGAGCAAAGGCGCUGUGCUCAACAUUAGUGCAACACUUCAUUACACUGGCAAAGCCUUCCAGCUUCAUGUGGGUGCUGCAAAAGCUGCCAUUGAUGCGUUAACCACUCACUGGGCUGUUGAGUUGGGUCCUCAUGGUAUCCGCGUCAAUGGUAUUUCUCCAGGUCUUAUUGCUGACACUGAAGGUGCCAAUCGCUUGGCUGCAAACUUUAAAGAAGCUGCUGUUCCUCUCCAGCGUGUCGGCAAGAUCAAGGAUGUUGAGCAAUCUGCUUUAUUCUUGUUCUCUGAAGCAGCCAAUUACAUCACUGGUGUUACCUUAGUGGUUGAUGGUGGUCAAUGGCUUAACAGCGGCAACCAUGAUUACCCCAACUCCAUUCUCAGCUUUGUUGGACGUAGCAAGAGUAAAAUGUAA